AUGCCUCAACGUGGGCCACCUGUGAAGCGAGUGAAAACGGGUGACGAGAAUGAGGACGAUGACAAUGAUCGCAGGAAACGUCUCAUUGUUAUUCUCGAGAAAUGUUCACUGGAAAAUGCCAAGGUUGGUAAAGAUUAUGUAAUUUUAUCGAGUGAUAAGCAUGCGAAUUUCAUACGAAAUCAGAAGAAAGAUCCGGCUGAUUUUCGGCCCGACAUUUUGCAUCAGGUAUAUUUGCUCCUGCUGCAAUAUUUUUAA